CCUCAGGCGGUUGUCUAGCGAUCCCAACCUUGUCUAAGGACAACUUAUACAGCGCUGACAUCAACAACUGCACCACAGAAAAAGCAAAAUAUGCCAUUCCAAGCCAUCCUUCAUCAAUUUCUGGACUACGUGAUGUCCUGGGUUCAUCCUGACGCCCACUGGGGAUGGAUGACGUUCGUCCGCAAGACCGGCAAGUUUGAGCGAGAGCAGCAACCACUGCUCAAGAAGCUGAGGAUUAUCCUCCUCUUCAAUCCCCUGACCGAAUGGAUCGACACGACCCAUGCGAUGCGCCUCUACCUACACGAGUCGGCCCUCACCCAGGGCAAGAAGGAAGGACAGCCCGAGUCCAAGAAGCAGAUCAAGCAGUUUAUCGCCACGUACCACAUCAACAUGGACGACUUCGAGCCGUCGGACCCGGAUAAGUACACCAACUUCGAGGACUUCUUCACGCGCCGGCACAAGCCGGGCUCGCGGCCGACGCACGCGGCCGAGGACGCGUCCAGCGCGGUGGUGGUGGCCGACUCGCGCGCGGUGGCGUACGAGUCGGUCGCCGAGACCACCAAGCUCUGGAUCAAGGGCCGCGACUUCAGCAUCACGAACCUGGUCAUGGACACGGACCUGGGCCUGCGGUUCUGCGAGGCCGCCGUCGCCAGCUUCCGGCUGUCGCCGCAGGACUACCACCGCUACCACGCGCCCGUGGCCGGCAGGAUCAGGAUGUUCCGCAGCGUCCCCGGCGACUACUACCAGGUCGACGCGGUCGCGCUGCAGAGCAAGGUCGACAUCCUGACGCGCAACCGGCGGCAGUACGUCGUGAUCGAGACCGAGGCGUUUGGGGACGUGCUGUUUGUGGCCAUCGGCGCGACCGACGUGGGAUCGGUUGAGUAAGGGCUCCCCUCCGCGUAAUCGCAGGGAUUUUUGGAAUAGGACGAGAUCGAAUGCGAGGCGGAUACUGAUGGCGGGUUAAUGACUUGAUUACAGGAUUCACGAGCGCUUUCGGGAACCUGGCGCGCAGGUGAGCAAGGGUGAUGAACUGG